AAAUCAUCUAAUCACUUAGUCACAUUAAGCAAGAUUUCUGAAAAUCAACUAAAUCAUCCUAAAAGUAAGGUUGAGAAGCUAUUUUUCCUUGAAGCAACAUCUUCAGAAGUAGAUGAUAUUGAUGAAUCAGCAAUAGCUAUUCU